CAUUUUUUAAAAUUGAGCUCAGUUAAAAAAGAUUCGUACAAAGUAAAGCACAUUUUAUUCAAUAUUUUUAUUUUUAAAUAUUUCUAAUAGAAUAUUAAUGUGUGUUAUUUUAAAAACAAAAAAAAAACAAGUAAUUAGAAAUUAGAAGUUCUAGCAUAAUGUGGAGUAUAUUUUUUUGCAUACUUGGCAUCUACACAUUUGUAAGAUAUUUAUACAGUCAACUAAGGUCGCCUAUAUUAAUACUAUUUUCAUAUUUGAGAGAUUUGUUAUUACCAAUUGCAAAGAAAUCUUUAACAGAAAAAUAUGGAAAUUGGGCAGUUAUUACUGGAUCAACUGAUGGAAUGGGCAAAUCUUAUGCUAAACAUUUGGCUUUAAAAGGAUUUAAUAUAGUGCUCAUAUCGAGAAGUGAAGAAAAAUUGAAAGCAGUUCAAAAUGAAAUUGAAAGUGAAGCUGGAGUAGAAGUAAGAUAUAUAGUUGCCGAUUUUACUCAAAAUUUUGAAAUUUAUGAUAAAAUAGCAAAACAACUUGAAGAUAUACCAGUUGGAAUUUUAGCAAAUAAUGUUGGAUUGUCUCGAAGUAUACCCGGUUCAUUUGAUGAGCAUUCAGAAAAAUUGAUAUGGGAUAUGAUUUUAGUUAAUAUAACCGCAACAAUGCUAAUGACAAAAAUUGUAUUACCUGGAAUGAAACAGCGUGGAAAAGGUGCUAUAGUUAAUAUCAGCUCUAUAUGUGUUUUAGUACCUCUUAUACAUAAUGCAGGAGUUUAUGCUGCAUGCAAGAAAUGUGUAUCAUCUAUGACGAAAAUAUUACAAUGGGAAUUAAUGGAUUAUAAAAAUAUUGAUGUUCAAUUAAUUGAACCUUGUUUUGUUGAUACAAAUAUGAUUAAUUUUUCACAAGAUAUCAAAAAUCAUUCUGUUACAUGCAGUUCUGAUGAAUGGGCUAAAAAUGUUAUUGCUUUACUGGGUAGAACUAAUACAACAAAUGGACAUUUUAAACAUGCUCUUGUGGCAUUCAUUAUGUCAUCGAUACCUGAGACUCUUAGAACAUUAUUAAUUUAUAGGCAUGCUCAGUCAUUUGAUUAUAAAAAAUCUUAGAAUUAUAAUUUUUAAUUUUUAGAAAAUAAAUUUCUGAAAAAAUGUUUAGAAUACAUAUUAAAUUUGGUAAAUAAAGGAUGUGUUGUGAA